AUGAAGACCUUGCUGCACAAUCUUCAUCAUGAAGUAUCCUGUUCUGUGUGCUUGUGUACAUUCACUGAUCCAAAGCAGUUGCCUUGUUUGCACAGUUUCUGUCUUCAUUGCCUGAACGGAAUUCAACGAACGAGCGGUGUCCAUGGCAAAAUUUCAUGCCCCGAGUGCAGAAGACAGUUUCAAAUCCCUGGAAGUGGAAAUCCCAGCGAGCUUCCCACCAAUUUUCGUAUCAACAAUUUGCUAGAGGUCUUGGCAAUAAAAGAGUGCAGCACAGCUAACGUGAAAUGUGGAAACUGCGACAAACGGAGCGCCCAGACCUUAUAUUGCUUCCAGUGUUGUUCUUUCUGGUGCGAGGAAUGUAUUUUAGGACAUAACAUGAUACGCAUCAAUAAAGAACACAGAACGCUGGCACUGAAAGAUUUUCAAGAUCAAGACAUCGAGGCCGUGUUAAAGAGACCGCCAUUUUGUCAGAAGAAACGACAUGAAAAAGAAGAGUUGAAAUUCUUUUGCAAGGACUGUAAAGUCGCCAUUUGCAACACUUGUGCUGUAACACUCCAUGAAGGUCACGGAAAGAUGCUUUUGGAAGAAGCUGCAGAAGGGUGCAAGACUCAGAUCAACUCCAUGACUCAAUCUUUAAUAGAAAAAGUACAAGAAAAACGAAAAUACCUCGAGCAAUUGAGCCAAAAGAGCGAGGAGAUUAAACUGCAAGCAGCCUACUUAAAAAGCCAAGUGCAGACGAAUGUAGAUCAAGUUCUUGCAAUCAUCGAGGCGAGGAAACAGGAUGUUUUUGAUGCAGUCGAUAAUCAAGCGAAAAAAUCCCUGAAAUCUCUUUCACAGAAAAAAGAUGAAGUUGAAAAUCAAGUGAAAUUAAUUGAAUCGACUCAGAUCAACUCCAUGACUCAGUCUUUAAAAGAAAAAGCACAAGAAAAACGAAAAGAACUCGAAGAAUUCAACCAAAAGAGCACGGACAUUAAACUGCAAGUAGCCGACUUUCCUCAGUUUAGUUUUACUAAAAGUGAAGAACGGAUUAACGUGUUAAACAGUAAAGGGAUAGGUAAUGUAAAAACUGUUUUAAGUGAACCUAAAGCGCAACAAUCAGGAGCUAAAGGUAAAGAAAGUAGUAAAGUAAUUGCUGGGAUUAAAGGGGCAAAUGUUCGUGACAGUCCUCUUGAGACUCAGGUACAAACCAAGCGCUUCAGAUCUGUGCCGUCAUUUGGACGACAAGGUAAGUCUGUUGGAAUGCUUAACGCCCCCUGGGGGGUGGCAGUGAAUGAUCAGGAUGAAAUUGCUGUGACUGAGUUCUUGAACCACAGGGUUUCAGUGUUUAGUAGUGAAGGUAGCCACUUAAGAUCGUUUGGUAGAGUGGGUGAGAAUGAUGGCAAGUUCCAGUUCCCUAAAGGGAUCGCUUUUGAUAGUCUUGGCAACAUUGUAGUGGCAGACAAUAAUAAUCACAGGGUGCAAGUCUUUGAUAGGAAUGGUAACUUUCUUGGUAAGUUUGGUGAACAAGGAAGUCUUGAUCACCAGCUUAGUAACCCUGUAGGUUUGUCAAUAAACGGCAAUGGUGAUAUUAAUGUUGCUGAUAAAGAUAACAAACUAAUCAAGAUAUUCUCUUCUAGUGGGGAGUAUUUACGUAAAUUUGGAACAAGUUCUUUGGUCCUUCCCUAUCAUUGUAUCCAACACGGUCAAUAUUUUAUAGUCUCAGAUUACGGUGAUAAUUCCAUCAAAAUGUUUAAUCUGGAGGGAAAGUUUAUUUCUAAAUUUGGAAAACAGGGGAACAAGGAUGGAGAAUUUCGUGGGCCUUGUUACUUGUCAGUUAACAAAGAAGGAUUACUAAUGGUCUGUGAUGAAACUAAUCACAGAGUUCAGGUAUUUGAACUGGGUGGGAAGUUUGUGACAAAGUUUGGAAGUGAAGGUAGUCAGAGAGGAGAGUUCAAGAAUCCACUUUCUACAGCAAAUCUUAGUGAUGGAAGAAUAGUUGUGUGUGAAUUUGAUAACAACCGAAUCCAGGUAUUUGAACGUAAAUGA